UAUAUAUAUAUAACACUGAAGCUACAAUUAAGAGUAUAACAGAGACCAUUGAAGCUGAAGUUAACCCAGAAGAAGAGAUAUGAGACAAGCUGGUGCAUAUUCAGGGUUACUGUGUGGAGGGGUAGCUGGAAGGACAGGACCCCACUCUCUGCCCUUGGCAAGGAUCAAGAAGAUCAUGAAGAAAUCAGGGGAUGAUGUUAAAAUGAUAUCAGGGGAGGCUCCGAUUAUCUUCUCCAAGGCUUGUGAGCUCUUCAUUGAGGAACUUACUAGAAGGUCCUGGAUCAUCGCCAUGCAAGGCAAAAGGAGGACUCUGCAUAAAGAGGACUUGACCUCUGCAGUUAUAGCCACUGAUCUAUUUGACUUUUUGAUCACUUUGGUUUCCGAUUCUGACACCCGUUCACCUGGUGUCACCACCACUACCAUGGAGGUAGAAACUUUGUACUAGUCUUCAGCAACCUAAACACAACAGCAGCUACAGAAUUUGAGUUCUAUAUAUGGCUAUGUAAUUAUUGUAAUAUACAUGUAUGUGUCUGUUGGUUACGCAUCACUGUACUUGAAUCAAAUGAAGUUGUGCCAUGAUUUUUAAUACACAUAUGGAAGUCUCACCUGGAUUAAACA